AUGACUAGUAGCCAUGAGAAUAUUGGACUUCAAGCAACACAAUUGGAAGGUGAAAAAAGGCCACCUAGUAAGAAAACGCAACGAGAUGUAUCUUUCACUGUAGAGGAGGACAAUCUCCUCGUGUCGGCUGGGCUCAAUAUUAGCAUGGAUGCUAUACGGAGGACAGAUAAAAAAUACUCUCAAAUGUGGGAGAGAAUUAGCAAUUAUUACAAUGAGCAUAAAAAACCUAGUAGAAUUUUGGAUCCAAGUGGUGCGACAGAGUAUGAUAAGAUUGAAAUAGCUAAAAUCAUGUAUAGAGAGACUGAGAAGGCCACAUACAACAUGGAACAUUGUUGGUAUUUAUUGAGACACCAACCAAAAUGGCAGCAACACGUGUCCAUGUUGUCAACUAGAAGGAAACCACAUGGGAAACGCCCUGCUAUGGUGGAGUUGACUCCACUAGGAGACGACACGAUAGAUGACAACGUAGAUGUCAUUUUUGAGAGGCCUCCAGGGAAGAAGACUGAGAAAGAAAGGGAGAGAAAAAGGAAGGCUGCAGAAUCUUACGAUGCAGAAUUUGUUGAGGCCUUAACGUGCAUGACAAAUGAUAGAGUUGUUUUCAUGUCUGAAAUAAGACAAGCGACAAGUAAAUUGGAUGCUGAUAGAGCUCGAUUACUAAUGGAGAAAAAGAGAAGAAAUGAUACGGAGAAUAGGAAGAUCGAUAUAGAGAUAAUGAAGAUGGAUCUUGCUGGCAUGAAUGGAAUGCAAUGA